UCCCCGGGCCCCCGUCAGGUCCUGGGCUUGCUUUCAGCCUUCUCAGACACCGCUCAGCACCGCUCCGUCCGCUGGUGCCCUGGUCUGCAAAUAUCUUGUUCUGUUCCCAGCGGGGCGUGCGGGUCAGGGCACCCCCGUGCCUGCCCACCCCCCUGUGCCGCCGUCUCUCCAGGCCUUAGGUCUUCUUAUCAUAGGCAGCUAAGUUAGAUAGAAGUUAAUGGGCACUCAGACACGGAGGGGCCCUGCAGGAAGUCAGUGCAAAAGGCGAGAGCACACCAGAACCCUGCGUACGCUGGCUGUGUGACCGCUGUCCCCGCUGGAUCAAUAUUAGCUAAGCAGCUAUCUUAGCGUGGUUAUCGGCUGACCCGGGCUGCACCCCCCCUGUGACUUUGCCGUGUGAUUUACCCUUGACAAAGGGCCACGUGGCCGCCACUUCCGGGGCCCCCCUGUCUCUCAAGACCUUUCCUCCUCUUAACCUCCUUUGUCCUUUUGAAUUCGUUCUUCCGUUUCAGGGGACAUGAACUUGGCACACCCGACAGCUAGCGGGUUGGGAGUGUAUUUCUCUUGCAUCCCUCUUGCAAGGCGGCAUGUACGCUGUCCCGGGCGUGAGGGGUGUGGUGCAGGGUUGGUCCACUUUGCCCUGUCAGCGCCCCCAUGCUGGACUCGGGUCUGCUCUAGGUCCUGCAAAGAGCCAGAGAGGGACACCAGAGAAGACCUCCCCCCAAAGCCAUCCUCAGCGCGGCAUCACACUGCUGCCCACGCGCUGACUCAGGCCUAGCACGCCUGCCCGGAGUGAGUCCGUCUGCACUCGCCCGGAGCUGUAUUUAAGAGAACAUGUCCCAUUAAGUUUCCUGGGCCGCAGAGGAAAAGAGAAAAGGAAACAUCUCUCUACAGUUCUCAAUGUUUGCUGGAAGAAAACACAAAUUUCCUGUAAUUUUACCUGCUUGUUGGCAACGAAGAGCAAAUCUGACACAUGGACGUGAGGAAGCCGCGGUGCCCCGAGGAGGGCCGGACGCAGAGCCGUGCUGGGAUUCUCCCUUCGUCUUUACUGAAAUUGAAUCAGCUUCAGGAAUGGCAACUGCACAGAACUGGUUUGCUGAAAAUUCCUGAAUUCAUUGGAAGAUUCCAGAACCUCAUUGUGUUAGAUUUGUCUCGAAACACUAUCUCAGAGAUACCCCCAGGAAUUGGACUGCUCACUAGACUUCAGGAACUAAUUCUUAGCUACAACAAAAUCAAGACUGUCCCCAAGGAGCUAAGUAACUGUGCCAGCUUGCAGAAGCUAGAACUGGCUGUUAACAGAGAUAUAUGUGAUCUUCCACAAGAGCUCAGCAAUCUCCUAAAACUUACCCACCUUGAUCUGAGUAUGAACCACUUUACUACAAUCCCUCCUGCUGUGCUGAACAUGCCUGCCCUCGAGUGGCUGGACAUGGGGAGCAACAGACUUGAACAACUUCCCGAUACCAUAGAAAGAAUGCAGAAUCUUCAUACACUGUGGCUACAACGGAAUGAAAUAACAUGCUUGCCAGAAACAAUCGUCAGUAUGAAAAAUCUGGGUACUCUUGUUCUCAGCAACAAUAAACUGCAAGACAUCCCAGCAUGCAUGGAGCAGAUGGCCAGUCUGAGGUUCGUCAACUUUAGAGACAACCCGCUGAAGUUAGAAGUAACUCUUCCUCUUGGGAACAGUGCAGAGGAAGAGGAGGAACGCGAAUUAUUCGGCCUUCAGUUCAUGCACAUCUACAUACAAGAGUCCCGGAGAAGAGCAGAUGACCAAGCCAAGUGUUCAGAUACUUUACCAACCUGUACGAAUACUGAUGGAUAAUGUAAUUCAAAAUGCCCUGCCGAAGAGGAUUAUUUUCAGAAUUUGGUGAACACUCUGGAUUUCUCAAGUAAAAAGCAAAGCUGCUGCCACAGAUGAAUGAGGCCACGGUGUUUUUUUAAAGAUCUGCUAUUCAAAUCAUAUUUUUGUAAAUAUAAAAAUAUAAUUUAAAAAGGUAUUUUUGGUGGAAGACAGAUGAUAUUCA